AGGUACCAGGUCAACGCCUUGUGUAUAAGUUUGGACAACUCCCCUAUGAAUACAAGCCAAGAGGAAAAAGUCCACCAAAGAUAGAGAUUGAACAAGGACCAGUUUCAGCAUCAGUCACCCAACACAAACAAGAGUCACAAGCCUUCAGGCCCCUAACGUCACUAACACCACCCCCGGAGAUUGGUUUCCAAYUCCCUAGUCUGAUACCGAGGAAUUUUCCACCAGUGUGUAGCUGUUAUGUUGAUUAUCGCAUUGGAACGGCAUGUCCUAUGAAAACAUUCCCAGCUAGUCCAAUCAUCUUCCCUCACAGUUGUGGAUAUGCAUUUAGUAUGCUCAAUAACGCACCGCCCAGUCCACCACGAGCAAUACCUGUACCAGUUAUAACAAGCACUCACUCUUGAUCAUGCGCAGAAACUCCUAGGUUUUUUUAUUCAUAGAAACAUUUUUUCAUAACAUCAUUGAACGUUUGGCACCAGAUAUUUCCCGACUUCAGUUAAGUGCCCCAAACAACAUCCGACUACAGUGGAAUCAGAUAUUUAUCAAACAUUAUGUAACUAUUUUAAGGUGGCACCAGACAUUUGACUAUUGUUAAAGUGGCUCCAAGCAUCAUCAUUUCCAAAACAUUUAUCAAUUUAUACUCGUACGUUUCUCAUCUCUACCUCACCUAUAUUCGUUCAUGAAAAGCUAGUUAAAAAGAAACAUGCAUUCACCAUUUAUCAGAGUUUAUUGCAUAUACACGAUUUGUGCUUAGAGCGGAUUUCGUAUGAGUGGGAA